AGAGCUCCGCGCGCCGGCCUUGCGCUGCAAUAAUGUUGCACGACGACCCAACGGAGCGUAAAGAAAGUGUCUUCCUGUCGGUGUGUCUGUGGGUGUUGCAGCUGUUUGAUCAGUCAUACAGCAUUGAUACAUACAUGCAGUCGGUGAACAGGAAAUGUGAUAUCUACACGUUAACAUCAACAGCCACCACACCUAGCAACAGUGUUGUCAGGACGCAGGAAGUGACUUGCUAGCUCGCUAACUUAGCCACCUCUGCUAACUGCAAAUCUCGGCCAUUGCUGGCUGCGGCGCUCAUUACUUCUCUUACCGAUGUGGUUAUCCUCAAUGUGCACGAUGAGCUCGGCCAGAGAGUCGAAGUGAAGUCCGCAGCCCCCGAACCUGCAAGCGUUGGAAAAGAAAGAGGCAGCGGCGAUUCCUGUCAUGGUCGCUGCUGCAUUGGAAAUGGGGGCAGCAGCAGCAGCAGGAGCAGCGGGGAGACACCAGGCGGACAGCGGUGUGAACAGCUGGAGCGGCGGGGGCGGUGCGGUGACUUCUCCUGGCUGCGUCAAACCAGCUGGGGACCAGACCGGAAGGGAAGGGAUGGAGUGAUGCAAUUGGUUGCAAGAUAAAGACGGAUGACUGCACAAUGUACAUAAUAGAUGACAGUUUUAUGAGAAGGUGGCCAGAGUGAUGAACUCAGACCAGGAAAGGCCGUACGUGUGCAACGCUCCUGGCUGUUCUCAGCGAUUCCCCACGGAGGACCAUCUGAUGAUACAUAGACACAAACAUGAGAUGACCCUUAAGUUCCCCUCCAUAAAGAAUGACAACAUGUUAUCAGACCAGACGCCAACACCAACACGCUUCUUGAAGAACUGUGAAGAGGUGGGAUUGUUCAGUGAACUGGAUUGCUCCAUUGAGCAGGAGUUUUGCAAGGCCCAGGAAGAAGAGGACAGUAAACAGAGCAUCUCCCUGCACGGCCAGGGAGGCCAGCACCAGCAGUCCCACUCACGGAUGGGCAACCAUGAUACCAGCAUCGUGAUCCAGCAGGCCCUGCCCUCUCCUCAGUCCAGCUCCGUUAUCACUCAGGCUCCAUCCACCAACAGACAGAUAGGGCCUGUCCCUGGCUCUCUGUCCUCAUUGCUGCACCUACGAAACAGACAGAGACAGCCUCUGCCUGCCUCUAUGCCGGGAACUCUGCCAGACCCCACCAUGCCGGGCUCCUCCGCCGUGUUGAUGCCUAUGGAGAGACAAAUGUCUAUGGGCUCCAAUAUGAUGGGUAUGCAAGGACCCGCCCACAACAACUCCUGCUCUUCCACUCACAUUCCCUCAAUGCACUCAGAAGCCAAACUGAGACUGAAGGCUGCACUUUCACACCACCCGGGUCCCAUCGCCAACGGCAACAUGAACUCCAUGGGCCACAUGAUGGACAUGAUGUCCUCGCGGCAGGAGCAAGGCGGCCACCAUCACAUGCAGUCACACCCACACCAGCACCUGCAAGCCCCUCCCCACGCGUACCAGCACCACGGACACCACCACCACAACCAGGGCCACGGACAGGGUGGACACCACCACCCGCAGGGACACAACCCCCAUCACAACUCCCACAAUCCCCAUCUUCAUCCCGGUCACCCACACCAGACAUCACCGCACCCUCCGAUGCACUCUGCUUCACAUAUGUCACCUGCCACCCAGCAGAUGCAUCCCUCGCAGACAAUGCAGUCUCCGACAUCCAGCGGCGGGCGGCGCAGGCGGGUAGUGGACGAGGACCCAGACGAACGCCGGCGGAAGUUUCUGGAACGGAACAGAGCAGCAGCAACAAGAUGCAGACAGAAGAGAAAAGUGUGGGUGAUGUCAUUAGAGAAGAAAGCAGAAGAGCUCACACAGACCAACAUGCAGCUUCAGAAUGAAGUGACCAUGCUAAAGAACGAGGUGACCCAACUCAAGCAGCUUCUCCUCACACACAAGGACUGUCCCAUCACCACUAUGCAGAAAGAUUCCCAAGGUUACCUCAGUCCAGACAGCAGUCCGGCGGGGAGUCCAGCGCCAGCGUGCUCCCAGCAGCAGGUCAUCCAGCACAACACCAUCACCACCUCCACCACAACCGUAGGGGGCAGCAGUGUGCACGGGCAAACAAAUCACCGCACAGACAUUAACCCCAUCCACUAGGGACAAGACAGACUAUAAACCCGGCUCAAACUCCUCCUACUCCCCUGCUUUCUGAGGGGGAACCAGCUGCAAAUGCUGAGCCCCACUUCUCCCUCCAUCAAGAAAAAACCUCAAAGGCCUGUGAGGCUGUUCUUUAUACAGUAGCUACAGUAUGUAUUUUUAUAGACAAACCCUAUUAACGCAUACAUGUUCUACGGUUUGUUUCCUCUUUUUUUAUCUGUUUUUUUUGUGCUUUUAGCGAAAAGGAAGUUUUGCUAAUCCCAUACAGAGUUUAAGUGACUUUUUCUGUUGUAUAAUGGUACAAAAAUGGACCACGUUGGUAAUGGAACCAGAGGACAGAGACAUAAGCCUCUGACUGUCAUCUCUAUUAGCAGACCUUACAUCUCUGUAAGCCUGAUGGGCUGAAUAAUAGGUCUCAUGGACAGUAUGUUAAAAGUAUGCAACAGACACUUAGUGAGUUGGAUGUUGCUGCGUUUAAAGUUGUCUUUUGAAACCAAGUCGAACUGUAUCCAUGAUGUCUUGGAGACAGGAAUAUGCAAGCAAGUGUAAUGAUAUUUUCUCUCCUAGAAACGUAUAUGACUGUUAAACUUUUCCCUGUCAGUGGUAUUCUUAAAGAGUGUCAUAAAAUACAAGCCCAACAGUGAAAACAUGAUCAAAUGGUAGCAAUACAUCGCAGUAUUGAUCAUCUUCUUUGCUGUAUGUCCACAUGAGGAUCAGCAUGGCCAAGCCACUCUGGUCCCCGGGACAUACGAUGCUGUUACAGCUACAGAACUGUACACUGUGAUACCAGUGAGGCAGCGCGGGAGUUGAAACACACUCCUCCGCUCUCCAUGACCAACUGAAGCUUUAACUAUUGAGGCCUCUGUGCGUGUGUGUGUGUGUGUGUGUGUGUGUGUAUGUGUGUGUGUGUGUGUGUGUGUGAGCAUCUGGAUUUUAGGAUCCAUAGUUUUGAGUAUGCAUGCCCUUCUUUUCUCUGCAGAACCAAGUUCAACAGGUGUGUAAAGAAUGAUCGGGAAAAUGUGUGAGAAAGUGAAUGUGAGCAUGAAUUUUAUUUUUGUUUCAUUGGCAUCUCACAACUGGCAAAAAGGAGCAUAAAUAUGCCUGUGCUUUCCAAAAUGUCACAAUGUGCCUGAAUAUUUCCUAAAAAGUUCUGUAGACAGCAAAUAUUUUUGUUCAAACAAUCAAAACCGUUCAUUCCUAGUGUUUUGUUAAUGAGUUUCCUGUUACUGGCUUUAUCAUGGAUGUCUUCUGCAUGUAAGCGCAAAAUCAGCUGACCAAGGAGAAAAAUACCCGCUUUCCAUUUGACCUCUGACCUCUUCAUCAAUUUCUCUUCCUCUCUUUCUCAGGCCUCCUCUGCAGAGGGAUGGAUGUACUAACUGUUUUUAAAUCUCCGUUUCAACCUUGAAAACUUCACGCCUUCUCAUAUUAACUCCUCUUUCUCUCUUUCCUAUGACCAGGAAUGUCGACUCAUUAGCAUGAUGACCAUAAUGCACUGUGUUUUACAGUAGGAUGGAUGAAAUACAUUCCACUGACAGGUGGAGCAAUCGCAGAGCUGUCUAUGCACUUUGUCCUCUGUCAUGCCAGAGGGUAGAAUAGCCAUAUUAAGGUCCGAGUAAUUCUCAGUGAUUUCCACCCCCCCCCCUUUUUCAAACACCAGCGAGAAACGUAACUGUGUUUGGCUUUACGGAGAGAAUGUGCCUGGCAUGCAUCACGUGUGUGUAGAUUAAAGAAGGGAACCUAGAGCUCAUGUUGUAGGAUGAGGCUCAGUUAAGGACCCCGCACUGUGGAGUUUUUGCCCUUUUUAUUCAUGAAAAAAGAUGAAGGAUGUGAAUUGAAAAUCUUUAUCCUUAUUACGGGUUACAUUCAAGGUUUGUCAAAGCAUUGGGACUGUUGUGAUGGGUUAACGCUGGACUGUGUGUGUGUGUGUGUGUGUGUGUGUGUGUGUGUGUGUGUGUGUGUGUGUGUGUGCGUGUGUGUGUCGAUAAGACAGAGAAAUGGAUUCUCUGCAAAAGGGCUUUGUCGUUCCAACCCUUUGAACUGACGCUUGCCUUAUUUUAGGUUGUUUUUUAAACCAUAUUUAGACUGUUAGACCAUUCCAAAUUGACCUCUUGCAUGUGAACAUUAUAAUAAUGAAUUCAGAAUACUUUCAACUGGAAUCAUUUGAAAGAUGUUGCUAUUUCAGAGUUAGACAUGAGAGUCUCUAGUUUCAUUUUUGACAGUGGGUCCAGGUUCAGAAAAUUACAUUUGUUCCUGCAGAGGCUGACAAAAAAGGACAAAUGGAAGUGCAGUGCAAGUGCGUCUGUGUGGAUCUGUGAGAGGUGGACAACAAUUCAAUAUGUAUUAAUGAUGUUAUAAUUGUAUUAUUUUAAAUUUUUAACUAUAAAUAUUGUACAUAAUGUCUUUAACUUCUGUAAUCCUGUACAUGUAAUGCAACCACCUUUCUUUUUGAAGGGAGUAAAUGUGUGGUACAUGUUUGUAAAUAAUGUUCACAUAGCACUUGUUGCCUUUUGUUGUACGUCGACGCUCAUUUCAGCGCUUAAAUACAUUGUUUAUAUGUAAUGAACUGAUGAAUCCAUUCUGGCCUGCAUAACUUUGUACAUUAUUUUGUGUCUAUAAUGACAUUGUCUCCAUUUUGUUUUGCAUUUGUACAGAUGUUAAAGUAUCACUGCAGUUACAUUACGGUAUGAAAAUAAAGCACUUGUUCUGUAACAUA